AUGACGCCCGCCGACGCAGACGCCCAUCCUCUCGUUCGCAACGCUCUCCGCAUCACCCUGAGCGCCAAGGAGUACAAGCUCCUCCACGAAUACAUCAUCCAGCGCACACCUCCUUCCAUCAAAGACAAGGCCCCCUCGCCAUCUCGAUAUGAGGCCAUCGUCCGAUCAAAGAACAAGCACAAUGAAGCCGCGCUGCGGGCCUCCCUGCGAGUCUUCCUCGUCUCUGGCGGACUGCUAAAGCUCGUGGAAGCCAUCGUCCGUCGCAUCCAAGGUGAUAUGUCCAAGAAGAAACCCCGCUCCUCGAUCUUGCACUCCCCCAACUUCCGUCUCUCCCUCUCGCUCUCCCUUGUCGUCCUCCUCCACCGUUUCCUCUAUCGCUUUUUCGUCAAGCUUCGCACGAAUCUUCGCACGGAUGACGCGAGGCCCUUCCGCGAGCGCAACCCACGCGUCUCCAGGGCACUGACAUCGCGAUAUGCCCCCGCCGUCGGGGCAAGUAUGGCCGGUUUCGCGCUGGGCAUCUGUCCGCAGACGCAGCUUCGUAUUACGGCGGCUAUCUAUGCGGGGACGCGGACGAUGGAGUUUGUGUUCAAUGCGCUGGACGAGAAAGGGUGGUUCGGGGACCGGCCUUGGUGGUUCGCGAGCUGGUUGUUGAUGCCUGUGUCGUGUGCGCAGCUGUUCCAUGCGUUUGUCUUUGAUCGCGAGACUGUGCCCAAGGUAUGCCCUCCCCGUAUUUGCGCGCUCCUGCUGUGCCCCAGCUACAUCCGCGGUCGACCAGAGAGUCUGCCGGCGGGAUUCCCAUGGCCGGACAAGGAAGCUGUGGUCGAUUCACUGGCAAACAUUGCCAGGUUGCGGUGGCCCCCCAGCUGCGGCACGGCAUUCGUGCAUCAUAUUCUUCUUUCGGUGCCACCCCUUGCUCGGUUCCUCACUACCGUCACCCUGGCACUAUCGGUGCUCAAAUUCAAGACGAUCUUGUCUCACCCAAUCUCGGCGGUGAAUAGCCUUUCGAAGAAGAUCAUCAAGCUGACAGCCAUUCUGUCCGCUGCGGCUGGGUCUGCAUGGGGCACCUUGUGUCUCUGGCAUGUUAUCCUGCCACGCUCCGUCCUCCCCACGAAGCGUUUCUUCCUCAGCGGCGCAGUUGCAGGCAUACCGUUUGCCUUUUUAGAAAACAGUCGUAGCAUCUUCAUGUACUUCUUCCGGCUGGCCGUGCGCUCGAAGUGGGACGUUGGUGUCAAAAAUGGCCUUUGGAAAGGCUGGAAGGGUGGAGACUUGUGGAUCAUCGUCCUCGCCUGGGCGGUCAUGGGCUCCUUGCUGGAGCACAGACCAUCGCCUGUCCAGGGUAAAGGUGUCAGGAAGUCCUUGGCGUGGUUGCGAGGAGAUGGCUUUGUUGACCCUGUGGAGGCUGCGGCGAAGAAGAAGGCCAGAAAGUCAUCUACCCAGAAGCAGCCUGGCAACGAGGCGCGAGCGUAA